ACAGCCUCUAGUUAAAAACCGUCUACCGCUGACAGUGCAUCUCUGCCGGUUCCGGAACGGCUGAGAGAACUGGCAACUUUGGAGUGUGGCUUCGUCCUGAAGAUGUUACAGUCCCCUAGCAACAACUAUCACAAUUCCAUAACAACAACACUCAUUAAAUCCCAGUGCUUCAUAGCAAAGCUGACUAUAAACUCCAAACUUUAGAAAUGAUAACCUGAGACACAGAAGGUUAGUGUCCCAGCAGACUGCAAAGUAGGCAGUCUGAGUGGUUUCAAAAGUUCCAGAAGCCACUAAGAAGCUAAGAAUGGCGGACACGAGAACCAGCACAAGGCAUCCGCAGCUGAGAUCCGUGGAAAAUCGACGCAACACAGAAAAACCUGAGCUAACAUCAAAAACGUUUUCCCUCACCAAUUGUUCUUGGAAUUGGGCAGAUGGCCACCACCAUAAUGAUACUGUAUGUGUCCAAGCUAAAUAAAAUAAUCCACUUCCCUGAUUUUGACAAGAAAAUUCCUGGAAAGCUGUUUCCUCUGCCCCUUCUCUACGUUGGAAACCAUAUAAGUGGCUUAUCAAGCACAAGUAAAUUAAGCUUGCCAAUGUUCACUGUGCUCAGGAAGUUUACAAUUCCACUCACUUUACUCCUGGAAGCCAUCAUACUCGGGAAACAAUAUUCCUUGAACAUCAUCCUCAGUGUUUUGGCCAUCGUGCUUGGGGCUUUCAUAGCAGCUGGCUCUGACCUUGCAUUCAACUUGGAAGGCUACAUUUUUGUAUUCUUGAAUGAUAUCUUCACAGCAGCAAAUGGAGUUUAUACCAAACAGAAAAUGGACCCAAAGGAGCUGGGGAAAUACGGAGUGCUUUUCUACAAUGCCUGUUUUAUGAUCAUCCCAACUGUCAUUAUUAGUGUUUCUACUGGAGACUUUCAGCAGGCCACUGAAUUCAGCCACUGGAAGAACGUCUUAUUUAUCAUUCAGUUUCUUCUUUCCUGUCUUUUGGGGUUUCUGCUGAUGUACUCCACAGUUCUUUGCAGCUAUUACAACUCGGCUCUGACCACAGCAGUGGUUGGAGCUAUCAAGAAUGUAUCGGUUGCCUACAUUGGGAUGUUGGUUGGUGGCGACUACAUUUUCUCUCUCUUAAACUUUAUAGGGUUAAAUAUUUGCAUGGCAGGUGGUUUAAGAUACUCCUUUUUAACACUGAACAGCCAGUUAAAACCUAAACAACCCAUGGAUGAAGAAAGCAUCCCUCUGGAUAUGAAGAGCUAGACUGGAAGAUGGAGUUACAGGCCUAAGCUGGAGAGGACAGAUCUCACACCUGGGACAGUCACCUGCUUGGUCAGAGCAGGAACAGGAAUGUCGGUGAAAUACAAAGAAAGCUACCUCACACAUCACUGCACAUGAGCCACAAGGGACCCAAGACUGACAGCACAAAACCUUCCCCAACUAAGUGAAUUUGCUCAAAGUCAGCCUUGUGCUGAGGGCAUGUUUCAAGGGUGACUGCUUAUCAGCACCUUGGCCUUAAUUUCAAAGGUCCCAGCCAAAGCAAGUGCCAGGGAGAACUUCUUGUUGUUGAAACAUCUCUUUAUUUUCAUAAAAGUCAGUCCAUUUUGA